AUGGAAGCGUAUGAAAGUGUAUUGCUUGUUAAAAAUGAGGUAUUCGUUUUUAAAAUACCUCCUAAAACAACUAAUAGAGGAUACAGGGCAGCUGAUUGGAAUCUUCAGGAACCACAAUGGACGGGGCGUAUGCGCCUUGUUGCGAAAGGUGACGAGCUAAUUAUGAAGUUGGAAGACAAAGCUAGUGGAGAACUGUUUGCAAAAUGCCCUAUUGAUAAAUAUCCUGGAGUAGCACUUGAGUCUGUCACUGAUAGCUCAAGAUAUUUUGUUGUUAGGAUACAGGAUGAUAAUGGGAGAAGUGCAUACAUUGGCUUGGGAUUUGGUGAUAGAUCAGAUUCAUUUGACCUAAAUGUAGCUCUACAAGAUCACUUUAAGUGGUUGCGAAAAGAACAAGAAGGUGAUCAAGGUCAACAGCAACAGCUCGAUUUGAGUUUUAAAGAAGGAGAAACUAUCAAAAUCAACAUGAAAAUAACUAAAAAAGAUGGCAGUGAAGGUAGCAGACCACGUAGAGCUGGUGGCGCCGGUGUUGGGGGAUUGCUGCCCCCACCUCCAGGAGGCUCCAAACUGCCUCCUCCCCCAUCACCACAGCAUGUGCCAACCCCUAUCACACCGGCUGUGCCCAACACUGAGUGGGGUGAUUUUAACUCUGCAAGUGCUCCAAACCAACCUGCAAAACCCUCUACUCCUGCAAGUCAGCAAAAUUGGGUGCAGUUC